GACCGCGUACUGCACUAUUACAGCAAUCAAUCUACCACUUCCCGUGGAUUCUAUGGAAGUGUAAAAUACAUCUUUUCACCAACGGCGCUUGUCUAUCACCGUCAAAAUGUUGCGUUUAACGCCAUUUUAGGUUUAGUGCUGAUCAAACUGACUCGGUGUAAGGGUGUAUGGUACACGGAGACCAAGGUUGAGGUCUGAAGCAUCUUUCCUGAAGAAAGGGAAACAUUGAAAAGAGAUUUACGGUGGAAAAUAGUUGAGCGCCACGGACCAAGCAGGCCCAGGGCUGUAGGUAGCUAGACUGUGAAAGGGGGAGUCUGGACUCCCACAAAACACUGUAACACCUACAUGAAAGAGAGUAGAAGGGACCAGAGGCGAUCGUGACAUUCCUAAGAGGAUUUGAAGGAGAGACUUUGACGUUGUUUGAUACGCAGAAAGGAGAAAAAAAGACUCUUUAACGAUGGGGAAGGUACUAUCAAAGAUCUUCGGAAAGAAGGACAUGAGAAUUCUCAUGCUGGGCUUGGAUGCAGCCGGCAAGACAACGGUGUUAUAUAAACUGAAGCUGGGUCAAUCAGUCACAACCAUCCCAACGGUGGGCUUCAACGUAGAAACAGUCACAUUCAAAAAUGUCAAAUUCAAUGUAUGGGAUGUUGGUGGUCAAGAUAAAAUUCGGCCUCUAUGGAGGCAUUAUUACACAGGAACACAGGGGUUGAUCUUCGUAGUAGACUGCGCCGACAGGGAUAGGAUAGACGAAGCAAGGCAAGAGCUCCAUCGGAUAAUCAAUGAUAGGGAAAUGAAAGAAGCUAUCAUCCUCAUCUUCGCCAAUAAACAAGACCUUCCAGAUGCCAUGAAGCCCAUUGAAGUCCAAGAAAGACUAGGCCUCACCAAGAUCAGGGACCGGAACUGGUUCGUUCAGCCUGCCUGUGCGACGUCAGGCGAGGGCCUUCUAGAAGGGUUAACAUGGCUAACAUCUAAUAAUAAACCCUGAUCUGAUGCAACACAAAUAUAUAUAUCAACAAAAAAACAAGAAAAACUAAAGUCUGCCUACUUUUUCUUAGCCUAGCUUCCAGCAGGAGGAUAUUUUCCGUCACAUUCUCUCCCCUAUUGUACAGUCUAGCUUUUCGUUGCACCGCCCUCGCUAGUCAAAGGAUGUUUUUGGAAAGACUUCAACAUGUUUUGCUAGUCAGGGGUAAUCGGUAGCGACAAAUAGCUAAAGGGGUGUGAGAUUGUGAGAAAAUAAUGAUCUUCUUGUAUGGAAACUAGGCUAACUAUACCUUCUUGUAAUCUUAUAUAAAUAAAGACAAUUUUUUAAUAAAAAGAUUUGUUUAUACUUAGAUGAUUCAGUAGAGUUAAUUCUCAGAAAAUGAAUUUUUGUUGUUGUUACAAUGUGUAUAUUAAUGCUCAAGAUACUGUUCGCCUGUAUGUACAAAUCUCCCAUAUUGGUUUUGGAAAAGAGUUUCAAUGUAAGGCCUGUUUACACAUGGUGUGUCUGUUCAAGCGAUUUCUUUUACGUUUCAGCGAAUGUCAAUUGGGGAUGAAGCACAGUGCAGUAGGCAACAAUGGUAUUACAUGUACGGACUACCCAUCUGUGUGUUAAACGAUGCAGAAAUGUGACAAGCUUGGCGCGCACUAUACGAUCCAUCUGUAUGAUCUGACUUUGAAAGAAUUUGUGAUAGCAAAUGUUAUGAACGUUCACACAUGUAAAAUCUUACUGAGCGAGGCUCUCAUAUCAUUGAUGAAUUCAAAAUUUCAAGGGAUUUCAGGCUCCCUUGGACGGGAAAUGCUAAAUGGCGUAGAAUCAUACAAACGUCAAACUGGCUAUUGGCUACGAUUUGACGCAGUUUUGGUUUUAUUUCGACUUGAAAUGAUACACACAAAUUCCAAGUUGAUUAUUUGGCACCUAAAUCAGAAAGGAGAUAAUACAAUUCUAAUUUCUACAAGAAAUUGAUUUGCAGUUGGAUCGUAUAGUUUGCGUUGAGCUUUACUAAAAAGAACACAAUUCUGCCGGGUUUACGGAGUUGCAUGUGAACUAGUCUUGUGGUGACUUUGCAGAGGUUUAUUGUAAUCGGACCUACCUUGCAGUGCCUAUGUUGCAAUAAAACCUUACAUUUUCUCAAUAGAGUACCGUAGUGUGAUGUCAUACUGGCUAAUUUGUCAAGGUUGCUGGUUCCAAACAAUUUUGUGCUAAACAAUGGUGGGGUGAUCACACCAGCCUCAAACAGUAAAUCGGCCCUGCUCCAUCCCGUUGCUUAAAUUAUUGGGGUGAACCUCAUGCGCAGGCUCCGUUGUUUGGAACCAGUAACCUGGACGACGAGUGAAUAUGAUGUUAGCACUUCGGUACUGUCUUACUUAAGCCAAAAGCUCUGAAGAUCCCACCAAGGUGUUACAAAUGUGGUGUUUGGUGCUUAGGCAGUUAUUAAGCACAUUCAAACUAUUCCUGUGUUAGAGAUCCUGAAUUCAUUUUAUGGUUUUUGUGCAGUGUUAGCACCUGAUGAGGUGUUUGCUUAGCACCAACAUACUCCAUUACACCUGUAUUGAAAUCCAUCAGUGCAUUAAUGACUGAAUAUUAGCACCUAGUCUUGGUGUCAAUGUAAAUCCUUUUCAAUCGCUUGAGAAGUUUCAAAGAAUUAGUUUCUCGCUGCAAAAAGGACAAAUUAAUUUGACAGUAUUUUAGUAGGCAGAGUAUGAAUUGCAUUGCUGCUAAACCGACAUGUACAUGUAUUAGUACAUGUCAUUAGUUCAAAGUUCAAAGCAGUUGCUUGAUGUGCACUUCUGUUUCACCCUCUUCUUGAUAUCAUGUGACUUGUCAUGUGAUUUAACCAUCAGAUCACAUGACCAAAGUUGUCACAUGCUACUUGCCUUUGUAUUGUUGUAAUGUACAUUGGCUUUAUGCAAUCCUCCUAGAGAGACUGGAUAGUAGUUGUUUCGCAACCCCUAGGGUUCUGCCGGAAAGUUUCUCAAUGAUCCUCGGUGCUAUGGGAAACAAUCGCUCGUGUCGUGUUCAAACGAUUCCUAGUUACUGGUAAUAAUUUAAAAAUAUGAUAGAACAUUUGUGCUAUACCACAAGUCAAUACUAGCUAUUAAAACUAAUAUUAAACAUCUUUCCUGUACCAAUGGUUGAUAUAGAUGGCGAUGAAGAAUUAACAAAAUGCAAGUUUUUGCUUGGGCUGAGCCUUAAAGCCACACUGUCCUACUUGUAGCUACUUGCUCCCUCUAUAUAGAAAACAAUGCCUAACCGGUGACCACUGGUCUCCCAUUAUCCUCUUUUUCUAAUGUUAAUUGAGAGCUGAGUUGAUGAGAAAACCACCUGUCCAGUGACCUUGCAGGGUGGUCUAAUCCCUCCUGUAAACUAGUACAGAUGUGCUUUAACAAAUAUGCUCUCAGCCAAUCAAAUGCAUGGAUUACAGUAGCUUAUACCAGUUAUUGCAUCUUGCCAUUGAUAACAAGUUUCAUGAAGCAAGGGUGGGCCUUAAAACAAUUAAAUUAAAAUCAACUAUUGAUUCAUAUCUCCUGAUUACAUAAUAAUCAAUGUAUGGCAGGCUUUGUAAAUGUAAAACGGGAGAAAAAUUACAUUUUUAUUAUUAAUCUAUGCAUGUACAGGCAUUUUGACUUACCUAUUAAUUUUCUUCUAUAUACUCCUUAGCACUAAUUUGUAUCUAUUUCUUUUAUUUGAAAAAGUGCUAAUAUCUGAAUACAUUUGAAAGAUAAUUCCUUCUUUUUUUUUAAAUAAAAAGACUAUCUGGGACAGUUUGCAUUGAGUACAUGUAUUUAUAUUUUCUGAGUUAUUUCAAAACUUGUCCAGGCUUUGAGAAUUCUGUUAGAAGAUGUAGUUACCCAACGAUCAAGGCAUUCACAACAGUAUAUCUUUUCAAAAUGAACAUAUCUUUGUUAAUUAUUUUAGUAAAAAAAGUGUGAAAUUAAAUUUCACGUCUGUUAGGCAUUAUUUUCAUUUGCAAAACAGUUGUGAUGUAAUUCAUUAUUCUUUCUACACAUUAUCAAAGCUCAUCUGUACAUUAUUUUAGUUAAAAUAAUAGUUUUA